CUUAACAUUCUUAAAAUGUGCAGUUAUGUUAUUGGUAAUGGUGAAGCAGAAGAAUUUUCUGAAAGGUUGAAGAGAGAACUCCAGGCUCUUGAAGCAGCAAAUGUGCAUGCCAUUUUAGAAAGCGAACCUAUGAUAGAAGAGGUGUUGCAAGGGCUUGACACAGCAAUGAGUUGUGUGGAAGACAUGGAUGAAUGGUUAGGCAUCUUCAAUGUGAAACUUCGGCACAUGAGGGAGGAUAUUGAAUCGAUAGAAACUCGCAAUAACAAUUUGGAAAUGCAAUCUGUGAAUAACAAAGCUCUUAUUGAGGAGCUUGAUAAGCUUGUUGAGCGACUACGGGUCCCUUCUGAGUAUGCAGCAUGUCUGACCGGAGGUUCAUUUGAUGAGGCAAGAAUGAUUCAAAAUGUUGAAGCAUGUGAAUGGUUGACUGGAGCCUUGCGUGGUCUUGAAGGGCCUUAUCUGGAUCCUGCUUAUGCAAACAUGAGAGCUGUUAAAGAAAAGCGUGCAGAACUUGAAAAGUUAAAAUCUACCUUUGUCAGGAGAGCUUCAGAGUUCUUAAGAAAUUAUUUUGCUAGUUUGGUGGAUUUCAUGAUAAGCGAUAAAAGUUAUUUCUCUCAGCGUGGACAAUUGAAGAGGCCUGAUCAUGCAGACUUGCGGUACAAAUGUAGGACAUAUGCACGACUUCUGCAGCAUUUAAAGAGUCUGGAUAAAAAUUGCCUGGGCUCACUGAGGAAAGCUUAUUGCAGUUCACUUAACUUGCUUCUUCGCAGGGAGGCUCGUGAGUUUGCAAAUGAGCUUCGUGCUAGCACUAAAGCAUCAAGAAAUCCAACUGUUUGGCUUGAAGGUUCGACAGGUUCUGGUCAGAAUGUAAAUGCUGCUGACACUUCUACAGUGUCUGAGGCUUAUGCAAAGAUGCUCACGAUUUUUAUUCCACUUCUGGUGGAUGAGAGCUCCUUCUUUGCACACUUUAUGUGCUUUGAAGUUCCCACGCUAGUUCCUCCAGGUGGCAUUGUAAAUGGUAAUAAAACUGGAUAUGAUGAUGAUGCCAAUGAUGAUGAUCUCGGAAUUAUGGACAUUGACGACAAUGACAGCAAGCCAGGUAAAAGUUCUGUUGAGCUUGCAGCUUUAAAUGAAUCACUCCAGGAUUUGCUCGAUGGCAUCCAAGAAGACUUCUAUGCUGUUGUGGAUUGGGCAUAUAAGAUUGAUCCUCUGCGCUGCAUAUCAAUGCAUGGAAUAACAGAGCGCUAUCUCUCUGGUCAGAAAGCAGACGCAGCAGGAUUUGUUCGCCUUCUUCUUGGUCACCUAGAGUCUAGGAUAUCCAUGCAGUUCAGCCGUUUUGUUGAUGAAGCUUGCCAUCAAAUUGAAAGAAAUGAACGCAAUGUUCGCCAAAUGGGGGUCUUAUCGUAUAUUCCCAGAUUUGCAACCCUUGCUACACGGAUGGAACAGUACAUUCAGGGCCAGUCUAGGGACUUGGUUGACCAGGCAUACACAAAAUUUGUUAGCAUAAUGUUCGCAACUUUGGAAAAAAUUGCACAAACAGAUCCAAAGUAUGCAGAUAUAUUUCUUUUAGAGAACUAUGCGGCAUUUCAAAAUAGUUUGUAUGAUCUUGCCAAUGUCGUUCCCACUUUGGCUAAGUUUUACCAUCAGGCCAGUGAAGCCUAUGAACAAGCUUGCACACGCCAUAUUAGUAUGAUUAUUUAUUAUCAAUUUGAACGUCUCUUCCAGUUUGGCAAAAGGAUUGAGGACUUGAUGUUUACGGUUGCCUCCGAAGAGAUUCCUUUCCAGCUUGGUUUGUCAAAAAUGGAUCUGCGGAAGGUGUUAAAAUCAAGUUUAUCUGGGGUUGACAAGUCCAUUGCUGCAAUGUAUAAGAAAUUGCAGAAGAACUUGACUUCAGAGGAGCUGUUACCUUCCCUAUGGGAUAAAUGCAAGAAAGAGUUUCUCGACAAGUACGAAAAUUUUGCCCAGCUUGUCGCUAAGAUCUACCCUACAGAAACAAUGCCAACUGUUGCUGAGAUGAGGGACCUUUUGGCUUCCAUGUAAAGUUUCCUGUUAUUUUCUAUUACAUGAGAUGUAAUCAUUCUUUUUCCCGCCAUGGUAUGUAAUUAUAUUUAUUCAAUCACUUGUAUUAAUGAUUUGAAAGGGACCCCUUGCUGCUUCUUUUAACGCAAAUUUGAUGUGGUAGUCUCAUUUGUUUUGAUUGUGUUUUGCAACACAUUAUAUUCAGAGCCACAAAGGUUAAUCGUGUAUAAUUUAUAAUUUUUAAAAGAAAAUAAAAGUAAAAUUUGAGCUA